AUAAAACCCCAUUUAUUUCCUGUCUCUUUGCAGGAUGGCAUUUAGAUCUGCCUCCAUCCAAUGAAUCCAUUUUCCGUAUCAUUCAGCAAGUCAUUCGGGUCAUACAGCGGUUCCAUUUUUUGGUGAACUAUUCUUUUUUCCUUUUUUUGUGACUCAGUUUUGUUUAGUUUGGUUGCCAUACAAAGUGGUAUUUUUUUUUUUUUUAUUCUUGGGAAGAAAACAUUGAAUGGUUUGAUGAUGGUCACAGUACAGCAUGUGAAAAUGUUCUUCAUGUGCACAGAGUCUCUCCUCUGUCGCCCCUCUCUCUAUCUGUUUUUUUUCCCCUUCAACCGCAGCGGCUCCACCUCUCCUCAGAAUCACUCAGCGGUGAUAAAGCAUCCACCUCCCUCCUCUAUCUACACCCUCCCUCUUUCUCUCUCCUUCUCCUCAUUUCGGUAUUCCCUACAUCCAUACAUUCCCAAGCUCUCAAUGAAAUGAAUGCAGAGCCUGUACUCUGACUGGCUGGAAUUGAACUGGAUUGGGCGCAUGCUCUCUCUCUCUCUUUCACACACUCACACACACACACACGCAUGCACCCUCACACACUCACGUUCACGCAAACAAACAGACUCAGUCUCGCCGACUGCUCCGUGUCAGGCGGGCACACGCACAUGCAUGCGCUGCCGUGCUCACUCACAUAGACGUACCAACACACUCUCAGUCAUUGUCAAUCCGGUGGCUUUAACCUUGGGAUGAGGUGAUGUUUUGGGACAGGAAACACGGAGCAAUGGGCAAUUCCCAACGCCGGGCCAAAGGGAGGCACAAAACCAAGGGGGCAACAGCCGCCACCAACUUGGACUCGGAGAGCAAACGAACGGCCCACUUCCAAUCGUCAUGGCAACAGCAUGUGAAUGUGUUCGGCUCGUGGAGUAGGCCGGAGUGUGUGCAGGAACUGCACCAGGAGGCUCAGCUGAACCUACAGAGUCUGCUGCAAGAUUUUGAAGAGCAGUUGUAUGAUAACAGAGUGACAGGACAGACAUUCAGACACCCUUCCUCUCAGAGCUCAGAGGACACGUCAACCACCCUCAGCCGAUCCCCUUCCUCACUCAACAACAAGAAGACAGAGUUCGUCUUUGUGCCUGCAAAUAAGCAGGUCUGUGAGGAUGAGACCACAACAUUAGGGGUCCGGGCACAGGACCCAACCCCAUGUGGUUCAGAGAAGUCACUUCUAGGCUGGAAUGCAUCACUGAGUCCACCUGUUGCAGAGAAACCUCGCUGGUACCUGGGCCGACAUACUCCAGCUCACCUUGUGCCCAUUGAGAUCACAGGCCAGUGCUUUGAUAAGCACUCCGCACAGCGCAGCGAACUGCGGGCCCCCUUUAGAACUGAUUCAGCGGUCAACCCAAAGACCGUUCGCCGCCCGAGGAGUGUGAUUGCAGGCCCCGAUGUCACGCUGCACUGCCAAGGUGACAGCAAAAUUCUUGCUGUUGAUCUAAUACAAGGGGCCUGUUCCCCUGGAUCCUCUCAACCCAGAUCUUUGGAGCCAACUACAGAGAACACAGGCCAACAGCAUAUUCCCCUUCGGAAGACCCAGAGUGACCUGGAGUACAGUGUCCCCCCAUCUCCAAAGACCCCAUCAGGCAUGAUGGAUCAUGCCACUCUGAUGUACCCUAGCCCCUCCUGGAAUGGCCCAAAAGGUUCUACAUUUUCUCCUUCCUGGAAUGACUCUUACAACUAUGCCUUGGUUACCAGCCCUGCUUCCAAGCAACCAGUAUCUAAAACUGGAAUGCUAACACCUGGAGGUGAAGGAGGUGGUCUUAUCUGUCCAUCCCAGACCAGUUCCGGCCUCUCCAUGAGCUCAGGGUCACAUUCCAGCUCUUUCGCUUCCAUCUCGGAACCAUGUGGAAACCGGAUGUAUACAGUGUCUACACAGGGGGGUGGCAUUCCUGUAGGAAAACGGAAUGACACUGAGGGGGCAACUUCCACUGCAGGCAUGGGAAAUAAUAAAAGUGAUCAGGAGAAGAGGUCAGUGCGGUCCAAUGUCUUCAGGUUCCGUGAACGUUCACUUUCAACACCAACAGACUCUGGAUCAUUUUGCUCAGCAGAUAAUAUAUGUUCUCCAGGUGAAGCUGUCCCUGUUGUUCCAGAGGGUGAGAAUUAUGCCCUGUUAUAUCCGAGCAACAGCUCCGAGGAUAGCACGAGCACUGAUAAUGUUUCUGUGACCACAGGUUCAGACUUUUUUCCAGAUGGUCGCCUAAGGUCCCGCUCACGGAGUAUCUCACUUAAGAAAUCUAAGAAAAAGCCACCACCUCCAGUACGUAGUGUAUCCCUAAUGAAAAACCUAUCAGAGGUUGGAGGAAUGGGCUCCUACCACAGUGAAGGGCACUUCAGAGAUGGUAGACCCAAAAGUCUCUUUAUCCCUCGGGAUCACCAUAUUCAAGAUUCAUUCCAGCCAGAGUUCCUAAUUGUCAAGCCUGAUGAUGACACAGAUCAGGCCCACAGUAGCUUGGAGACAUCUUCUGAUAUUUCUCAGCCUCCUGACAGGGAUACAGAGCUUGGGUUUCCUCCUCACUGGCAGCUUAACGAGUGGAAGUCCAACAAUGAUCCCUACCACUCACUGUCAGGUUCAAGCACAGCCACAGGUACCACAGUUAUUGAGUGCAUGAAGGUGCAAGGUAGCUCAGAAUCCCUAAAUUCACCCUCAACCUCACGAGCUACAUCUCCAUCCCUGCUCUCCAUUGAAGCUGAAACCAAGGUAUACCCCUUCAAGCUCCCAUGCCUCUUGUCCCCAUCCAGUGGCUACUCAAGCCAGUCUGAAACUCCAACCCCAACUAUAUCAAACACCCUGAUCACUGGACCUUCUCCAGUUGGCUGCAAGAUGCGCCCAAAGAUUCCAGAACGUAAAUCUUCCCUCCCAGCUUCUGCAAAGGAUAAAUCACGUUCACGUCUUUCAUUUGAACUACCUGCAAACUCUCAGCUGGAUCUGUCCUCUGUCAAACCCAAGCAGAAAGCCAGCCGACGCCACUCUGACACAUCUACAGCCAACAAACCAGGUAAACUGAGCCCUAGUCAGUCUUCACUGCCUAUGGUCACAACAACAGAAUUGCGAAACAUCCGACUUCGUUCAGUUAGCCGCUCAGAACUUGAGGACAGUCCUGAUGGCUCUUCUGACAUUAUAGAGGAAGAGCAAAGUCGAGAUCUCAGCCCUCCUAUUACUCCUUCUAACACAAAACAGUCAAAGCCACCUGUUGCAACGAAGCCACCUCUACCUAAACGACCCAUGAACUUGAUGCUUAAAUCUCCCUCAUCCUCCCCUCUGGCACCUGAAUCUCCUCCAUCAUCCCCUGUGGACCGACCCAUGCCUGUGGGUAACAUCUAUAUGGUUGUAAGAAAGCCCAAACCUAAGAGACCAGCUCAGUCAUCACUCAGCACACCUGCAAUAGCCCCACAAGAGCCACUCCAUUACCAUGUACCUCAUCUUCCUGAGUUUGAUCUGGAGCAUGGGAUUCCUAUUGAAGAAGAUCUACCGUCCCCAAGUAGCCCAGAGAGAGAGGACAAAAGUAAGACUCUUCCAAGUAGAAUGACGAUAUCCUGUUUAGCGGAAUUAGACAAAAGGAAGCCCAAGGUGCCUCCUCCGGUGCCAAAAAAACCCAAUGUCCUUCUUCUGCCCUCUCCAAGCAUCCAGACCAAUGGUGGGGCAGAAAGGCAAACUCUACUCUCCGACAGCAUCUCCCAGUCACCUACAGGUCCAUCAGCAUCUGACAUUGAGGGUGAUUUGCUUAAAGAUGAAGAUCAAGAUGAUCAUGCAAGGGAUCAUGCAAACUUUAAAAAUUCAGAAAGUUGUGCGACCUUUGGAAAUCAAGAGAAUGUUGUGGUAGCUGAAGAGGACAGUUCAAAAGAUUCAGAUUCUCUUCAAAUUACAGAGAGAGAGGCACCUCAAACAGAGACAGUAACAGAAACUUAUGCAGAAUCAGAAAUACUGGAAGAGAACAACUCUGCAGCUGACAAGACUGAACUACACAUAACAGAGGAAACAGACGAUGAUGUUUUUGUCAACACAGCCACAGCUCACACCACUGAGGACCUCUUCACCAUCAUACACAGGUCAAAGAGGAAAGUUCUUGGUCGCAAGGAACCAACGGAUUCUUUUGGAAGCAGGCAGUGUCUGGUCUCACCUGUGAAAAGCAGUAGCACAGACCUCCGAACUCUGGGCCUCAGCACCACUCCUAGGGCAAGCUCACGAAAUGAGAACUUUAUGGCUCUUCUCCAGAAGAGAAGCAACAAAGCCAGCAGCGGGACCAGAGUUUCUGCCAUGGAGUUGCUGAAGAGCACAAACCCCUUGGCACGACGAGUUACUGAGUUCUCUCAGUCACAGCCAGAUGGGAGUGCAACAAACACACCAAAACCAGCUCCACAGGACCAGUGAUUCCACUUGUAGAGAACUACAUGGUGGAUAUCAAUAUGGCUGGUUUUCCGUUACACUCCACAGCCCAUCUAAAUGGUUUAAUUUACAAAGACCACAUGCUGAAGGAAAUUAAGUGGGUUUGAGUUGUUGCUUUCAGACAAGGGGAUAUCAUUCUGAUGAUGUUAGAUUUUUGUGGAGUAUAGUCAGUUUUAAGGGAAACUGAGCCCACCACUGAUACAAAAUUCUGGCCUAUAAAUCUGCUAUUCUGGAAAUAUAAAUGCGAUGACUAAACUCUUGAAUGGAAACUGACAUCAAGAAAUAUUUUCAGACUGUUCACUAUUUUAGGAGCCCAGCCUAUAUUUGUGGCCAAAGCCUGCUCUGCCCACUUCAGUGGUGGACUUGAAAGUGUCUUAGUAGGAUAAUUGUUGAAAUAGACUGCACAAACUCACACAGAGAGAGGAGUGUAUGACACAAGUCUGAAUAACAUUCCACAAAGGUUGUAAGCAAGGUCUGGUACCCCUUAAAAUGAAGCACUUUCACCAGUACAGGAACUAGUUUACAAGACAAAAGCUAUAUUUGUUAUUUUCCAUUGUUUAUUUUUCAUUUUAUUUUUUCCAAAAAUAUGAAAGGCCAUAUAAAUGUCUUCUUGAAUUUAUUUAAUCUUUAAAAAAAAAACAACAACGAUGUAUACUAUAUAUAUAUAUAUAUA